GCAUCCCGGGGUGUGGGGCAGGCGGGGCCCGCGGGCGCAGGGGCGGCUGGUGCCGGGCGGGCCGGCGGGGCCGUGGGCAGAGAGGAGUUAACAGGCUGGGGUGUGCCAGGGCUGAGCUCCCUCCAGGAAGUGUUACUCACCGGGAAUGUGACUGCGCCUUCGCUCCCGGCCCUGGAUCCUUAGCUCCAGAGCUCGGAGAGGGGCUCCCAGGGCCCCCCAUGGAGCUCCCCGGGGCCGGCGCCCCCGCCAGCCCAGCCAGAGACCCCAUCUACGACAUCCCGGAGGCCGGGGGGCGGCAGGAGGGCCCGUUCCGGGGCCCCGGGCGCCCAGUGAGCCUGUGGGAGCGGCUGCUGAUCACCCAGCCCGUGUGGCUCCAGCUCAGCGCCAACGCCGCCGCCGCCCUCCACGUGCUGCAGAGAGAGCCCCCCGGGACUUUCCUGGUUCGGAAAUCCAACACCCGGCAGUGCAAGGCCCUGUGUGUCCGGCUCCCGGAGGCCCUGGGACCUUCCUUUGUCUCCAGCCACGACAUCCGGGAGGGCCCCGAGGCUGUCUCCCUGGAGGGCUCCGAGCUCCACUUCCCAGACCUGAUCCAGCUCAUCUCCGCCUACUGCCACAGCCGGGACGUCCUGCUCCUCCCCCUCCAGCUGCCCAGGGCCAUCCGCAGAGCCACCACCCACAAGGAGCUGGAGGCCAUCUCUCACCUGGGGAUGGAGUUCUGGAACUCUUCCCUGAACAGCAGGGCCCCCGGGGGCCCAGCAGCUGCGGCCCCCCCGAUUCCCCGCCUGAAGCCCCGGUCCCCCGAGGAGCUGGACCAGGGAACCGGGGGCGCCCUCUGCUUCUUCAACCCCCUGUUCCCCGGGGAUCUGGGCCCAGCCAAGCGCGAGAAGUUCAAGAGGAGCUUCAAGGUCCGGGUGUCCACGGAGACCUCCAGCCCGCUGUCACCCCCGGCCGCCCCCCCGCCCCCCGUGCCGCUGCCCCCCGGGGGCCCCCCCGCCCAGGCUCGCGCCGCGCCCCCCCACAGGCCCCUGAGGAGGGGCAGCUCGGGGGGCUAUCGGGUCCCGGGGAGCGCCGGCCUGGGCGCGCCUCCCCUCCCCUCUCUGCGGGAGGUGGACAGCGGCUCCCCCAGCGCCUCGGAGGACGAGGGGGGCCCCCCGGGGGGCCCGGCCUCCUCCCCCCGCCCGGGGCGGCGGCGCCGGCUGCUCCGCUCCAUGAGCGACGCCGUGUGCUCCCUGCUGGCGCCCGAGAGGCAGGUGGCGCGGGCCGUGGCCGAGCUGGCCCGGGACCGACGGACCCUCCCUGGGCAGCUGGUCCAGGACUUGCUGACCCGGGUGCGAGCGGGGCCCGAGGCCCGGGAGCUGCAGCAGGUGCGCGAGGUGCUGAGCCGGGCCCAGGCCCUGCUGGUGGCCGAGCUGGCCCAGGAGAAGCUGGUGGCCGAGGAGCGCCUGGAGCUCGUGGUGGAGAAGGCCCUGCAGCGCUCGGUGCUGAAGCCCCUGCGGCCCCUCCUGCUGUCGCGCCUGCGGCUGCGCCUGGCCGCGGACGGCUCCUGGGCCCGGCUGGAGGAGGGCCUGCGGCUGGCCAAGGCUCAGGGGCCCGGGGCCUUCGGGGACUGCCUGGGUCUCCCCUCCCCGCCGGAGAUGGAGCGCAUCCGGGAGAAGCUGCUGAAACUGCUCGGGGGCUAUUCUCCCAGGGCCAAGGUCACCCGGCUCCUGCAGGCCUGCAAGCUGCUCUCGGAGGCCCUGAGGAGCUGGGCAGGGGAGAGCGCGGGCGCCGAUGAGUUCCUGCCCCUGCUUAGCGCUGUCCUGGCCCAGUGCGACCUCCCGGACCUGCUGCCCGAGGCCGAGUACAUGGCGGAACUGCUGGAGCCCGGCCUGCUCACGGGGGAGGGCGGCUACUGCCUCACCAGCCUGAUGGCCAGCCUGACCCUGCUGGGGAGUCUGGGCCAGGCCGGGGCGCGGCCCCUCAGUCCGGCCCAGGAGCUCCGGCGCUCGCUCAGCCUCUGGGAGCAGCGGAGACUCCCUCCCUCCGGGAACUUCAAGCACCUCCUCCGGGUGGCGUACCAGGACCCCACCAACGGCUGCACGUCCAAGACCCUGGCGCUGCCCCCGGGCUCCUCGGCGGCCACGCUGUGCCAGCUCUGUGCCGCCAAGUUCCGGGUGAGCAGGCCCGAAGCCUUCGCCCUCUUCCUGCACAACGAGAAGGGCUCUCGCCGCCUGGCCCCCGACACCCUGCCCCAUGACCUGGCGGGCCCCGGCUACCUCAUCUACCGGCGGGUGGAGGGAGAGCAGGAUGGAGGCAAGGGGAGGGAGGAGGCUCCUGGGGCCCAGGGGGUGACCCCCGAGGGAGGUGGAGGGAGGCUGGAGGAGAAGGGCAAAGGGGCAGGAGCGGGCCACCCGGAGCAGGAGCAGGGGCCGGAAGCGGGGGGAGGUGGAGGAGCCCCCGGGGGUCCCGAAGAACAGGGACCGGAAGCAGGGGGAGGCGGAGGGACCCCUGGGGGUCCCGAGGAGCAGGAGCCAGAAGCGGGGGGAGGCCCCGAGGAGUGACCACCCAGAGCCGGCUUCCGAGGGCCAGUCCACGCCCACGCUGGCCCAGGGGCGGCUGGCCGGGGACCCCCCCCCCCAUGUGGGGGAGGAAAUGGCCUUGGGGGCUUUGCUGGGUCUGAGACCUCCCGGGAUUGGAGAGCUGAGGCUGCUGUUGCUGCUGAAUGAAUGGACAAAUGUAUGAAUAAAGCACUUACUAAGCACUUA